CAACCACCUUUACGUUCGGGCAUUGGCAGACAAUAUGGAGUCUCCCACAGCUACAUCAAACUCGCCGUCGCCUUCUCCUGGGACUUUGACCCCUCAGGAACAGGCGAAACUGCGAAGGGAGCGUCGACAAGCCAAAAUCCAAGCAGGAGGUGCCGCGAGGCUUAAUAAGAUUACUUCCUUGAGUGGUCGCCCUCAAGAACCAGCCCUGUCUACUGCUACGAACCCCGAAUCAAGCCCUCUAGCACCGGCAACUCCAACGACCGCCCCGGAUAAGCCAGCAGAUGACCCGGAAGAAGUGGAUAUCAGUCAGCAUUAUUAUGUUCCCCACCAAGAAUCACGCCCUGAUUCGCCACAAUCGCAAACAGUACAACAAGAUUUGUUCCGACAGAUGCUGUCCGGCAUUGGGCCUGAUUCUUCGGGACAACAAAUCCCCAGUUUGCAAAGUAACACCAGUCCUGGCAGUCGUUCUGAAAUGCAGGGAUCUCAAGCGGAAGCGGAGGAUCCAAUGAUGCGGAUGCUACAACAGUUGAUGGGGGGAGAUAGCAACGGCUCUGAUGCGAAAGAAGCGUUACCGCCAGGGCUUGCGUCAAUAUUUGGAGGCCAGCAGGAACAGCAGCCGGAGCCCAAUAAGUAUGGGAAUAUAUGGCGGAUCGUUCAUGCGCUCUUCGCGCUGGCACUCGGCGUCUAUAUAGUGGCAGCGACACCUUUCAGCGGAUCACAUUUCUCACGUUCAGAAUCGCUCGGAGGAGAAGUGGGCGUUCAGUUCUUCUGGAUAUUUGCUACAGCCGAGCUUAUUCUACAAAGCAGCCGGUUUUUCCUGGAAAGGGGUCGGCUUCCCACGACCGGCAUCCUCGGAGGUCUAGGAAGCAUGCUGCCGGAACCGUAUGCAGGAUAUGUGCGAGUUCUGAACCGCUACAGCGUAAUCUAUACUACCAUUGUAACUGAUGCAAUGGUAAUUGUAUUUGUGCUAGGGAGCGUGGCUUGGUGGAAAGGCCUGGUGAAUUGAUGAUGCAGAAAAGUUAAUUUAUUUCUUUACGAUUUUGAACGCAACUCAAAUAUGAUCGCUCGGGG